GUGAAACUAGAACCUAAAUUUAGGCUAAGAUACACAAACAACGAACUGAAACCAAUCGAUAACAUUUUGGCUGCCUGCUCAUUGCUGCUAUUGAUAACAAACGUUUCAUAUCCUCUUUUUAAAGCUCUGUGAACAAAGGAUAUCAGAACAGUUUCAUUAGUACCAGCGAACUUGAUUUGACAUCGUGUGCCGAGUCGGCCGGACGCAGACUCAGACUGACUCAGUGACAGAACACCAUCCCUAGAUAUCUAACUAUCGGGCAUGCCAUCAGUUGAAGAAAGCCGAUAUCAGCUGAAAUUAGACAUUGUGAGUUUCUUGUCGAAAUGUCCGAAACAGAAACAUCACGAGGGAAAAUUUUGGAACAGAUUGCAGACGUUUACUGGGAAACCGCUUUUAAAGAAUAGGUAUGGUGUCACAAAGCUGAACAAAUUUUUUGAAAUUUUUGAUGAUGUGAUUUUUAAAGAAGAUCGUUUUAUUUGUCUUCGAGGUGAUAAUGACUCAUUGGAUGAGUCGAAAGAUAUAAAUACCCAGGGUUCUGAAGCAAGCGGAGGAGCAGUAAAAAUGUUUCCUUCUCAAACUGCUUCAAAUGGAUACGCAGAUGGAACGUUCGAGGAUCGUAUGGUAUCUGUGCUUAAAGCUCAUGAUGGGACUUGUAAAAUUUGGACAUUUUUGGAUGCCUAUUGCUCUGCGUACGGGAAGAUUCCUACACACCCAAGAAACUGGCCUGUGGAGAAAGUGAUCACCAGAGACUUUUAUGAUGUUGUUUCUUUAAACGGAGACGUCUUGUCUCUGAAAUCAAGAGGAGCGAGUGCGAAGGGUAAGCCUGGAAGUUCCAAAAGUUCUGUAUCAGCUGCACCCUGGGGCUCUGCAGCUCGGACAGACUUUGCGGCAGGAACCAGGACAAAAAAGAGCCAACCGACCCCUAUAGUCAUUGAUUCUGAGAGUGAUGAUGAAGAUGAUGGAAAGGAAACUCUGUCCUCAUUCAAGAAUUCCGCAGGAUUUAUUGCUUUCUCCAAUUCUAAGCUGUCACAGGAUGCUACUCCUCAAGGCCAAACAGCUCACUCGAGAUACUCGCUGUCAUCUGGCGGUGCUCCCGCCUCGGCAGGAUCUACGCCGUUCAUGGGACCAAGUGGUUCGAACAUUCGACCUGGACCAAGUGGCCCACCAAUGGGCCCUCCAAUGAGUGCCCCACCACAAAGUGCCCCGUGGGCUACCCCAAGUCCCAGAGGUCCGCUAAUUCGAGCACCAUGGCAUGGGCCUCCAGGCCUUGCAAAGAACUUGGUGGUUGACUUCACAAAAAGUGCGCCACCUCAGAUGCCACGCCCCCCCUUGGAGAUGUACCAGAAUGCCUUUGCUUCACCUGCCUUGGUUGUCUGUCCCCCACCGUCGCUGAAUGUUCCUACACCAUUGCGGAAUGCUCCUACGCCAUCGAUGCCGAGUAUUUCUGAGUGGCCAGUGCAGCGAAAACGGACCGGACCACCGCCAGGCACGAAGAUCACAGAAGAACGUGAGCCAGUCGUGGUGCGACACGUCCAGCUGCCACGACAGGCCCGCCUCACCGCCGAGCAGGUCAACUACGAACUGCAGACGUGUAUUGAAGAUCUGGCCGCCUCUGGGGACCACGUGUCUCUGGAGCUGGUCGAGAACUUGUUACUUCAGAAAUUCAAAGUGCACAGGUUCCAGGAUCUGAGGCUGCGAGAGUGUAGUUUCGUGUUCCUGCCGGCUGGCAAGGACCACUCCAAUAUGUUGAGCAAGGUGAACUCGUAUGUGCAGAACUUUGUGCGCAGUCGGUCCACAUGCACGCUGUUCGAGCUUCACGAGUGUCUUCGGGAGUUUCAUUCAGAGAAAAAGGAAUUUGAGCUUCUCAAGUUAGGCCCAUUGCAGAAGAUGCCUGUAGUGUUUGACAUGUUCAAAUUCCCGGAGGACGAGUACAUUCCGGAGAUCACAUCCCAGGACCUGAUGGAAAACCUGAACAACUUCCUGGACCGCUACAACAAGUGGCAGCAGCAAGUGACCCUCACAGAGUUCAUGGAGUACCUCACCACAGAAGUCUACGAAGUGGAACGAGCUUACUCGUUAGGCAUUCGCAUCCGCAGUUUGCCACUGGCCAUUCAAACUUUGAAGAAAUCUAAGAGGGAUGCUGGGUCCACAAGGAGAAUGGUGAUGGAGCGCCUGAAAGAAUUGCUGUACACUGACAUACAGGAGUGCUUUUACAAGUUCAGAACUUCCGUCAUGCAGACUGCCAGCGAUGGGUCUCAGGAGCUGAGAAAACACUACAUGAACCUGGAGCCAGAGGUUGCCCUGCAGGAGAUUUACUCCAAGUUUGAGGUUUUGCUGCACCUGUUUGUGGGAGAGUCCGGGCCAGACUACCGCAAGUACCUGAAGUCUGCCAGGCAGUUUCAACAGUUUGUGCAGAGCGUUGUCGGGCUGCCGCUGCCACGCAUGGUGUUCCACCUGGCUAUUUGCUUGUCCAACACAGAGGUGCAAGACAGCGCCGCCGAGUUCAUGGCUCAGGAGGCAGAGAAACAACAGCAGGCCCAGACUCACAGACAGGAAGCCAAUGUCAUGGCUGAGAAAAAGCAACCUCCUACCAAAGCUGCUCUGACUGACAAGGUCAUCCUGUACAUCAACCGUUGCAUCGAGCACGGGACCUUGCAGCUGAACCAUUUGCAGAGGAUUGAAACCAGACUGCUGGAAGAAGAUUUCCGUUUUCAAACUUUCCAUGAGAUGGGAUAUGGCAGCUUUUUGGACUUCAUCAUUACGGAAAAGAAAGUGAAAGCUCUGUUGGAUGAGUGUGGAGGUACAUCUUUGGGUCAAGGUGGAGGUCAUGAUGGGGCUGCCAACUUCUUGCCGUCCCAGCUGGAGAUUCUGGAGUUUGUUUGCCAGGCUAGGAAGGCAGGAUCAGUGCAGAACCAGCAGGUGGAGAGGGCGUUGUGUGAACAGUACCAUGUGACAGAUGUGCGCCACCUUGGCCAUGGCAACGUGUCACGUCUGUGUAACGCGGCGGCAAAACCAGGAAAACACGCAGCCAGUGUGUACCAUACGCACUUUGAAUCCGCUCUGUGUGGGAAAUCCAGUCCCAGCACACAUAGCCUCAGCAAUGCUGUUGGGAACCAAGGCAGUCAAAGUCGUCUAGCGGCCUUGGCGUGCCUGACCCGCUGCCCUCUGCUGACUGACAUGGCGGAGUGGAGCCACUGGAAGUUGGUGUUCCAGCCACAGCACGGGCCCUUGCGAGAUUUUGUGCAGAAGUAUGGCGGGCAAACCAAGGAGCCUCUAGAAGGUGGAAACAAGACGGCUGUCUCGGAUUUCAUGGCUCUGGAAGUGGAGCCAGGCAAGCUUCUGAAACUAACCUCACGCAGCAACCCAGCUGAUUUUGUGAGUGCCCUGGACUCGUGUGAUGCUGUCCAUUCUGCCGGUGUCCUGGUGUCCAUCAUUGUGGCCAACGGAGGUCUUGAGAGCACACCUCUGGCAUUACUGGCCAAUCAUGUGACUACGCAGCUUUUCUCUCUUCACGCACGCUCUCCGUCGCUACACACACCAGGAGGUCCACCCGCCGAAGAUUCCCCUCUUGUUAUGAACCUGGCAGUUCAGUUUGUGACAGACAUACUACUCACGUUGCCAGUCAGGAUAGCCACAGCCAUUGGCAACCAGGUUCUGCUGGAGCCUCUGAGCCAGGUGGUGGGCUCAGCCAAGUCCAAGAGCCUGGUCUUGCAGGUGUGCACUGCCAGCGGACGUCGCGAGCGGCUGGAGCUUUUGGGCUGUUUGCUGGGACUCCCGGAGUGGACUGAGUCGUUCACGGCCAAGUGCUCCUUUCCCCUGGAGCUGGUCACAGAGAUUUUAGCUGAUGAGAUCAUGGGUGGCCCUGAGCUGGACACUGGACUGGAUGAGGAUGAUGAUAAUGAUGAUGACGAUGAAGAGGAAGAGGAAUCUGAUAUUGAUGAAAUCUUGUCAAGUGAUGGUAGUGAAGUGGGAGAAAGCAGUCAACUUCAAGAAGGCUCUAAAAUUGUUGAAGGACAGAAAAUGGAUCAAGGAAAGGAAGCUUCCGGGGAAGAUGAGGAGGAUAGUGAAGAUGAUGAUGAUGAUGAGGAGGAGGAGCAAGAGGACGAUGAGGAAGAAGACACAGAAGAUGAGGAUGAGGAAAAAGAAAAAGAAAAAGCUGAGGAAAAUGGUGAGUCAGAAGCGAAGAAAGGGGAGGAAGAAUCUAUCCCUGUCAAUGCCUCCAGGGACGCCUCUCAGACUGGCAUGGAGGAUGGACAGAUGGAUAGUGGCAAAGAGGAAAACCCAACAGCUGCAGAGCCCGAGGUCAGGGAGCGCACGCGGGAAGAGGUGUGUUGCGAGAUUGUGGAGAACAUUCGGCGUGAUGAGUUCGGUGUUGGAGUCAAGUUGGAUGAGACGGGAGAGAAACUGCUGAAGAAGCAGCAAGAGCGCCAGGGUCGCAGCUUGCAGCGUUUGUCCAAGGACCUGUACAGCAAGGACACCCACUUUGUGCUGGAGCUCAUACAGAAUGCGGACGACAACGCCUACACGGAGCCUCAGCCGGCUGUGAAAUUCAUCAUUGAUCACUCAGGUGUGACAGUCCAGAACAAUGAGAUGGGCUUUGAGGAAAAGAACAUCCGAGCCUUGUGUGAUGUUGGAAAGAGUACCAAAGCCAAGCACAACUUGGGCUACAUUGGUCAAAAAGGCAUUGGGUUCAAGUCUGUGUUUAGAGUGACAGGCAGGCCAGAGGUUCAUUCCAAUGGCUUCCACAUCUGCUUCGAUGUCCACAGUGGACCUAUGGGCUACAUCUUGCCACAUUGGAUUGAAAGCUCAGACUUGGAUGAAAAAUGGCAAACGCACAUUAUUCUUCCGUGGACCGAAGAGAUCAAACAGCAUAUCCGCUCCCACGCCGCCCGCUUCAAUGACAUCCAGCCCACACUGCUCCUCUUCCUGCACAGACUUAAAGAGGUCACCAUAAAAAAUGAGGUUGAGGGCAGUGAACUCCACAUGGUGCGAAGAGACCUGGAGGAUGGGGAGGUUCAGAUCCGACACGAGGACAUCACUGACCGCUGGCUGGUCCUCAGGAAGAUCCUUGAUGCCUCGUCCAUCUCCUUACAGGCCAAGUCUGGAGUCAAUGUAGAGUCGACGGAAAUAGCUCUGGCUUUCCCAUUGAAGGACAUGAACCAGGUGCCCCAAGGACAGAAAUCCUUGAGCAAACUGCCUGUUUUUGCAUUCCUGCCCUUGAGAUCUUAUGGUUUCAGGUUCAUAGUUCAAGGUGACUUUGACGUCCCAUCCAGUCGGGAAGAUGUGGACAGGGACAGCUCCUGGAACCAGUGGCUGCGGAACGAGAUACCAGCUCUGUUUGUGGAAGCUCUUGACAGCUUCAAGCUGCGACAAGAUCUGAGCCCAGUUGAGGCGUUGUGCCUGUACCUUCAGUUCAUCCCCCUGGAGGGAGAGGUGAUGGGAUUCUUCACCCCAGUGGCUCCACACAUCCUCACUCUCCUCAAAGACAAGAACUGCAUACCUGUCAUGGGCACUGACAAGAAAGGGAGCGUCCAGUGGAAGAAGCCGUCACAGACCAUCAUCUGCCAGGACUCGCUGGUGCGGGAGAUUGUCUCCCCUGAACUGUUGCAGCACCAGCUGGGCUUGUUCUACAUCCACCAAGACGUGCUGGGCGCCCUGAACGAGGCGCUGACCCGCGCCCUUGGGGUCUCCUCCAUCACCGUGGAGCGCUUGCUACACAUUGGGCGCUUCAAUGGGCUCAACUGGGACAAUUCUGGAAAUCCAGAUCGUGUGAUGGACAUUUCAAAGUGGCUGGCCUGUAUCUAUCGUAGCAUGGAUGACUUCCAGGACAACACAGCAACUCUGAACACACUACGAAGUCUCAAAAUCAUCCCACUGUCGGCCGGCAACCUGGUGUCACUAGACGAUGUCACUGUGUUCUUAUUGACCGAUGGUCAGGGCCAGACAGCAUCAAGCCGAGACAGACGGUCAAAGCAGGCAAAUGCUAGAGAUCCCUUGCUUGAGCUGAAGAAAGAUUUGAACCUAGUCCACGGAGCGCUCACCUCUACUCCAGAUGCUGAAGUGAACUCUCAGGUUGUGAAACUUCUACUCAAGAUGGAUAUCAAGCAGCUGACCCCUCAAGACCUGAUCCAUAGCCACAUCAUGCCUGUGCUCACCUCGGAUGGCUGGAAGGAGAAAAGCCGCGACGUCCUGAUCAGCUACCUGGUGUACAUCAAAGGUGAGCGUGAGCAGAAUGCGUCUGUCAUUGAUAUGGCUGAGCUGCGACCUGUGGCGCGACUGGCCACCAACCAUGGGAUCAAGAACCCUGUGGAAGAUGAUGUCCACUUCUCUCAGCCGUUUGGCAAUGUUACCAAUCUCAAGCACUUGUUUCCUGGCAUUGACUGGACCUUGGUGGACAGCGCCUAUUUGCCGAGCACCCACACCCGAACAGACGUCAUCAGCUGGCAUGACUUCCUGUCUCAGCUGGGAGUGGUGGACUUCCUGCGUGUGAAGAGGGUGGAGCUAAGUCUGGAUAAAAGCAGCAUUGAUGAAAGUGUCUGGGCUCCUUACAAAGACAUCUGGCCAGACUCACCAGAUGGAUACACUAUCGUAGAUUUUCAGUGUGAAGAAUUUCACCGACUGGCCACCGCCAACAAUGUGCAAGGAGAGUUGUACAGUCAGAUGGUGGCUCUUUUUGAGCAGUUGGACAAGGAGUGGAACAGUUUGUACAGCCGCUUUGUCAGCACACAGCUCAAGUCUGCCUCUGGCCAUGUGCUGAAAGAGACCAUUGAUACUUCAUUCUCAAUCCUCCUGCGGUCUCUAGCCUGGCUUCCAGCCUCUUGCACAUCCAUAUCGGUGGAACCUGCGAGUGGGAGGGUCAUCCCCCCUGACCAGGAGGCCCUGCACCAGGCAGCAGAGUUGUACGUCUGCAGCAGAGAGAUCACGAAACUGCUGGCUCACACUGUCAAGUACCUCAAAGUGCAGCCGCUGAGGAACAGUACUUUCUCCAGCUUUUUGAAGGUGAAGUCGAAUGUGUCUGUGACCUCGGUCAAGGACGCUCUUAUCUCCUGGUCAGCUCGUGAUGCGUCCAGCCCAGACACCGCGCGUGCGUUCUCUACAACGUACAGUCACAUAUCAGAGUUGUACAGGUACCUCAACGACAACCUGAGCAGGAAAGAUGGCCAAGACUUGUUCCACACACACCCGGUCAUCUUUGUGCCAGAUGGCCUGAACUUUGGCUCUGGAAGAGAUCCAGUUGCCGGUCGCAUGCUGAGCAGGAAGGAAUUGUGGUGGGCGGAUCCAACGGAGCUGUUUGUCAAGUACCAUGACUCUUUGCUUCGUUAUAAGUCUCCCCUGGCCAAAACAAGAAUUAUUGGCCACCUGUACCAGGAACACUCGGAGAUGUUCCAUUUCUCUGUGAAGGUCCCAACUGCCCCAAGCACGGCCCACCUGGCACAGCUGGUAGACCACCUGGCCACAGUCUUCAUACUGAAGGAACCUGGCAUUCUCGAAGAUACGCUCUAUCUCUUCUCUGAGAUAGGCUCUCAGCUGAUCAAGAUCUCGCACACUACUGCUGGUGUUGCCACGGAGGAGGCCCAGUUGGCUCAGACCAAUCUGCCUCUGGUCAAGGAGCUGUUCGCCAACUCGGCGCUGUUCCCCACGAAGCUGGAUCAAUGGGUGGCUCUCUCGGCUGCCCCGAUGCUGUCUGACUCUUCCGAGCUGGAGGAAAUGUUUUUGAUGAAACCAGGCGUCCACUUUCUGCGGCUGGAAGCAGACACGCCUGGCGGCCAGCGGGAGAAUCCGCUCAAAGGGAAAUUGUCACAGAAGCAUCAGAUCAAUGCAGAAUCGGUGAAGUACCUGGUCAGCCUCUUUGAAGAGAUUCGUCCCCUGAGUGAGUGUGUGACCACCACAGAGAUUACCACAGGAUUUGAGCCCUGCACCGAUGGUCAGACGUAUUUGCACCGUGUGGUCGGACUGGUCCAAAGGUUUCUUUACUUCAGCUACUCCGAUGUGUACCGACAAGUGAAGGAGAAGAAGGCCGAGGGCCUCAAAGAUUUGCUGUUUACACAGGUCUGGAAGCUGGAGGUGAGGUAUGAGCUCACAGACCGCCCAGAUGUGUAUGAGAUUCGUUCAGAGAAGUGUAUCGUGAAGGACAAACAUUUCUACUUUCACAAAGAUGCUGUUGAGAGUCAAUCUGAGAUCAAUCGAGAGGUUGCAAAGUUUUUCUCCGAGGGCAAUGAAGAUUGCAUCAGAGAACUGAGGAGCUUCCUUUCUCAAGUGGUUCCAAUCAUAGAGGGCAUUUCAGACGAAAGCAUUGAAAGUUUGAUGUCUCGACAAAAGGCUCAUAUUGGCACUCUCCCGUCCUCGGAGGAAGUGUGGGAGGUACCACUUCCUGUCAUCAAAAAGCCAGAACCCGAGCCACAGCUUGAAGUGGAGGAGACGAUGGUCUAUGGAAAAGCGGUGUACGAGCCCUCUGACGAGCAGUCAGCAUCGACGGGUAACGACGGAAAUGCAGGUUUGAAGUCCUGGCCGCCCAGGAGUGGGGAAGCGAUGGCAGAACGACCAAACACGGGCAAGACAGGCCCCGGCCCUAUAGGCCCGUCCAGCCAGUGGCCCCCUCCAGAGCCCUCCAGCCACAAGAAGUCAAGCCGUGACCUGCCCAGUACGAUCCGCUUCGAGGAGGGUGAGGAAAUGGAGAAAGAGCAAGGGUCUUCUGAAAGUGGUCGGCACCAACACACUGCUAGAGGAGAGGGGACAGAGAGGCAAAACUCUUCGUCUUCACAUCAUGGAGGUACUCAGAUUUACCGUCAAACUUCUGAGACAGGGUCGAAAUCAGGUGUGGCCAGGUCUGAGUCUGCAGAUGGAAGUGGCGGGGGUUCGAGACCCGCGUCUGGGACUGGAGGCAGUGGUGGUGGCGGUGCAGGGCGACCAGUUAAACGUGGAGAGGAGAGAGCUGCUGAUGACGCUUCUAGAAGUGGUGGUGGAGGAGGAGGAGGAGGUAGCUGGAGGGAAGGGAGAAGCGGGGAGAGUGGUGCUGGUGGAGCGGGAGGAACCAGAGGAGAUGAAGAGGGCAGCGGAGGAGGUGGUUCUCAGUGUAUGGAUACUGGUGAUGAGCAGUCCAGGGAAGGAGGUUCGAACCCAGGCUCUGCAGGUGACAAACAGGAGUCUCGUGAAGAGGGGAAAAGAAAGCUGACGGAUGGCUCACAAGAGGAAAUGUUUGUACCCAAGAGAUUGAACUCCCAUGACCCAAGUGAAGCAGGAUACCAGAGUGGCAGAGAGGAAGGAAAUCAGGCGAACAGGCGGAGGGAAGGAGAGCAGCAUAUGGAAGGUGACGAUGGGCAGCAGUCAAAUGUCGGUGGAACAGGUACAGGAAGUGGAAGGAGAGGUCCUCCAAGGGAUGACCUUGAAGAUUCUGAAGGUCGCCAAGGACGUCGAGGCAAUGCAGGAGAGAGUCAUGGGGAUGCCAGAUUUACUCCUGUUGGUCGAAAGCAGCAUAAGGAUAAGGAUGUUCUUCAUUUCAAACUGCCCUUGUGGAGUGGGCAGACGGAAGAGCUUUCCUACACCGAGUUGGGGCAGGGUUCGAACCUCCCUGUUCCCGAAGCUCUGAUCAAGGAUGACUCGCAGGUAGGCGAGAUUGGCCGCUGGGGAGAGCAGCUUGUCUGGGACUACCUGCAACGUCUUCGCCAAACUGAUAGGCUGGUUGAGGACGUUAUCUGGCCCAAUGAGUCGACCGAAUCUGGCCGGCCGUACGACUUUGAGAUUCUCUUCAAGUCUGAUGAAGUGGAUAAAGUGUUUUCUGUUUUUGUUGAGGUGAAAACAACGGUGUCAACAGACAAGGAAGUCUUUCCCAUCUCGCUAACUCAGAUUCGGUUUGCCAUGCAGCAGGGUGAGCACUAUCAGAUCUACCGAGUCUUCGGUGCCGGUCAGAAGGACGUGAGGCUGCUGCGUAUUGACAAUGUGGCCGACAGGAUGCGUCUGCACCAGAUGAAACUGCUCAUGCUCCUUUGAAUGCUCAGUGCUGUCUGCUUUGAACUUUUCUUGCAAUGGAUAAAAGUAGUGUGUUAAGUAGAGAAAUGCAAGCAAUUGCAGGCUGAUCAAGUAUUGUGUGCAACCACUACAUUUUGGGGGGGGGGGGGGAUGUGUGCUGAUGGUUGAUGCUUGUGCCAGAAAGACUUUUCUUGUCACGUACGUCAGAAUGGUAUUGAUUGUGUGCAUGAGUGAGGGACUGAGGUCUGGUUGUUGGCCAUGUUUUUUUAUAUUUUGUCUACUUUACUGAAGAACUAUUGGAGGUCUAAUUUUACAUUUGAUAAAGUAUUGCAAAAGAUGUGCUUAUUGUUCAUUGCAAUGUGUAAGUUUUGAUUGCAUCAUUUGCUUUGUUAAGAAAUGAGUGAGGUAUUUCUAUAUUCUUGUGUGUGCCUUAAUCAUGAUUUGUUUGUGUUGCUGUAGGAUUAUUUGAAAGUCAUUUUCCAGCUCUUUUCAUAGAAGGUGGUUUUGAUGUCGCCCAGAAGAGUUUAUAGUCACCCUGCUUUUUUUUCUCUUAGGUAAUUUGAUCACAAAUCUGUCUCAGUGUGCAUACUACUCUCAAAUCCUGAUCUGUUUCGGCAUUUUAUUUUAACUGAGAUGAUGACUGGAAAGGCAAAAUAUGGUAAAACAUUUUGUUUGGCAGAAGAAUGUAACAGGAAAAUAUUACAUUUAACACAUGACACCCUAAGGGUCUGGACAGGAAGUCCAUUCCUAGAUCCUAAACAAGGGGAAGGAACCCACCUCCCGUGAAUACAAGCAUUUAAAAAACACUUUAAAAAAUACUAAACAAAUUUCAA